AUGCGGUUCCACGUCUUGACCGGCCUGCUGGCCCUGGCCUCUACAACCUCGGCUGCGAUUACCUGGACCCUGCAGAAGGCCGCGAACCCUACCUCGGACCAGGCCGACGCCUACUUCAAGAUCGAAGCUGCCAUGAAGGCCGCUGUUGCCCACUACGCCAAAUUCUCCGACGCAACCAAGAGGCUGACAAUACAAUACGAGCCGAGCGUCGCCACGGCUGACGGCAACUACAACGGCAACAUCCGAUUCGGCUCCAACAGAUCGUACAUGACCGAACGCACAGCCAUGCACGAGAUAUCGCACACGCUGGGCAUCGGCCAGACCGCAGCCUUCAACACCAAGUGCGCAGCCAACGACUGGGCCACAGCAACGCCACUCUUGAGAUCUUGGGACGGCCAGAGUGCCAAGAUUAACUGCGGAGGUGGCCAUAUCUGGCCAUACGGGCUGAAUUAUGAAACCGAGUGGAGCACGACAAAUGCGGACAGGCACGUGCAGCUGAUCGACGCUAUGUUGGCAGACGGGCUGUGA